AGUCGUCCUCAUAGCUGCGCGCUACACAGUACAAGUGCACAAUGGAGGUAUCAACUAUUAUAUUCAUCAGUCUCGUGCUCUGCGGUGUCAAAGACGUACAGGCUGAUGCCAGUUUGUCCGAGUUGGAUACACGGGUUGGCCAGGUUGAAAGAGAUAUUGAUGCAUGGAAACGCACAACUGGUGGUAAUCAGAUUAGAAUGAUUAAGGACUUUAAAAAGUUUGAGUCGUCACUAAAAGAAGAACCUGACCGGAACAUUCGUCCCGACCCUGAUAAGGCGUCUAGUCAACCAAGCAAUAACUGACAUCCUGACAGAAGAGUAUAUUAGCAAUAUCAUCAGCCCACGUGUUCUCCAUGAAGUUGACAGCCUGAAAGCUGACUUCAUGACGCUGAAUACAAGCUCUGUGAUGAUGAGAAAUGAGGUUGAAACGUGCAUGGAUGGACUACAGAAAAUCCAGCUGAAGUUACCCACAGAUAUUCAGAGUUUAACCUCUCAACUGAACCAGACCAAAGAAGAUCUGCUUGAUACAAAGGAAGUAAUCAGUCGACUUACAGAGGACUUUAUUACGCUGAAUACAAGCUCUGUGAAGACGAGAAACAAGGUUGAAUCGUGUAUGGAUGACCUACAGGAAAUCCAGCUGAAGUUACCCACAGAUAUUCAGAGUUUAACCUCUCAGCUGAACCAGACCAAAGAAGAUUUGCUUGAUACAAAGGAAGUAAUCAAUGGUCUCGAAGAGGACUUUAUCACGCUGAAUACAAGUUCUGUGAAGACGAGAAACAAGGUUGAAUCGUGCAUGGAUGGCCUACAGGAAAUCCAGCUGAAGUUACCCACAGAUAUUCAGAGUUUAACCUCUCAACUGAACCAGACCAAAGAAGAUUUGCUUGAUACAAAGGAAGUAAUCAAUGGUCUCGAAGAGGACUUUAUCACGCUGAAUACAAGUUCUGUGAAGACGAGAAACAAGGUUGAAUCGUGUAUGGAUGACCUACAGGAAAUCCAGCUGAAGUUACACACAGAUAUUCAGAGUUUAACCUCUCAACUGAACCAGACCAAAGAAGAUUUGCUUGAUACAAAGGAAGUAAUCAAUGGUCUCGAAGAGGACUUUAUCACGCUGAAUACAAGUUCUGUGAAGACGAGAAACAAGGUUGAAUCGUGUAUGGAUGACCUACAGGAAAUCCAGCUGAAGUUACCCACAGACAUUCAGAGUUUAACCUCUCAACUGAACCAGACCAAAGAAGAUCUGCUUGAUACAAAGGAAGUAAUCAGUCGACUUACAGAGGACUUUAUUACGCUGAAUACAAGUUGUGGUAUGAGGAAAGAGGUAAAACCGAGUGAUGGAAAUGAAGGUUCGUCAUUGUCGCAGGUGUCACCUACGACUCCAACCACGACGUAUCCUGGAAAUACAACAGCCUCCACUGACCCGAGCCUGAGCAACACGGCUUCACUAGCGCCAGUGACGACUCAACACUCUGAUCUACACGCCUCGACUGACCCGAGCCCGAUCACCACGGUUCCACCAACGCCAGUGACGACACAAGACUCCGAUCUACACGCGACUCCAUCACCAGCAGCAGGCCGCCGCCUCUGCUCCGCCAGCGAGGACGGUGACCUGGAGAGAGUGAAGCGGAUCCUGGCAGCGGGUCACGUGGACAUCAACACGAGAGGAGGAGGCUACAGCCUGACACCGGUGAUGAUGGCAGCAGUGAGGGGACACAGAGAUGUGGUGGAGUUCCUGGUGGGUAGAGGGGCUGAUGUGUCGCUGGUGGACAGGUACGGUUACAACGUCCUUCACUGGGCCUCUCUGGGUGGAGACCUGGAGAUCGUGAAGCUGAUCGUGUCCAGGAACGUGCUGGACAUCAACGCCAGGGACAACUACGGGCACACAGCGGUCUACUGGGCGAGACGCAGGGGACAUCCGCGAGUGGUGGAGUUCCUGGUGUCACGUGGUGGACACUGAAGUCGGUGUCGGUGUGGACAGUGACGGUGCACAUGUCGUUACUGACACUGACGAGGUGUGUGCCGUCCACGUUGUCGUGUGUCACGAUUCAGGUGAUUUCCUUUUACUUUGUGAAUAUAAAUAAAACUUGUUGAAAGUA